AUGGCCAAACAAGUCAAACCAGUAGGAUCCUCACAUCGAGGAAAUAAAAAGAAGGGCAACUCUAAGACUUCUAAAUCUGGAAGGACUGUAUUGUUCCCACUACCACCACCACCAUUUCUUUCUCUCACUCGCGGUUAUAUAUAUGAACCCGAAUCCACAACAUUUGAUAUUUCCGUCACUGUUCCUCUCCAACAACUGCAGAACCGAAGUGCCGUGCAUGAUACCGUCUUGCGAUCCACUUUACACCGUUUACAUGCCGCCCCUUCCUCUACUACUAAUACUACUAGUACUACUAAUACUACUGAUACUACACACCGUACAUUAGUGCAUGUGGAGUCUAUUACAAUUCACGCAGACUCCGCACGGCAGAUUAGCCACACAGGUGAUGUACGCUUGCGGGCCACUGUGCAGGCGGUGUUGGCCCGUGUGCAACAUGGACUUCUCGCUGGAGUGGCGGAGUCCAGUAAUUACACAGAUACCAUGAUGGUUCGAGUCCGCAGUGAAACCCCCAUCACCAGUAUCCCUAAUACUACUAAUACUAAUACUAGUGAGAGUCAAACUAGUUUUCAUCCGCAUCUUCAUACGAAUGCGGAUAGUGAGAAGGAUGCCGCUUCUCUGCUGGUCACCGCACGGUGUUUGGAGGAUGAGCCGGUGGUGGCUGGGCAGGCGGCGCUGCUGGUCUCAGAGCCCGGCACUCUGCGGUGUCUCGCCAUUCGCCCGCCGCGAGUGGCCCCCGGUCCAUUUAAACUAAACGUUGAAGACGGCGUUGCGGAGAUACAGCCGGAUUGGCCGGCAAAGGGGAAACGGCCGCGUGAUGAGGAGGGGAAAGAACCACAGAAAUCAAGAAUACAUAAAGUCACCAUAACAACAACAACAACAACAACAAAAGAGGAAGAAGGAGAGAUAGAAACAACAGCAAAGAAGGAGGAAAUGGAUGUGGAGGUCGUGUCUUGA